UCGCUAUUUCUACCCUCAGGAAAGCAAUACCGUGCUGAGAGGCCCUGAAGUGUGAGCCUGGGCCAUGGAGGCCUCUGUCCUGAGCCCCACGUCCUGGGAGAAACGGCGGGCCUGGCUCCGUCAGAGCCGAAACUGGCAGACCCAGGUCCUGGAAGAGGAAGCAGCAGCCGCCCUGCAGGAUGUCCCAGAUCCUGAGCCUUCCAGCCUGGAUGAUGUUUUCCAGGAAGGGAAUCCAAUCCAUAAGAUUGAAGACUGGCUGCAGGACUGCGGAGACUCUGAAGAGGGGCUUUGUGAAGAAGCAGGACAAUCCAUCUACAAUGAGUGCUACAGCCAUGGGGCCAGCUUUGAGGAUGACUUGACCCUUGGAGCAGAGGCCACACUGCUGGCCGCCAAUGGAAAACUCUUCCCCAGGAGUUUUCUCCACACACCCAGGCCUGGACAGCUACUUGAUCUUGGCUGUAGUUUGGCAUCCAGCAGCAUGACUGGUGGGACGAACAAGACUAGUUCAAGCAUCUCAGAGAUUCUGGACCAGGUGCAAGAAGAUGCAGAAGAUGUCCUGUUUAGUCUGGGCUUUGGCCAAGAGGACCACAAAGACACUUCUCGGAUCCCUGCAAGAUUUUUCACCAACCCCUCUCAGGCCAAGGGCAUCGAUUUCCAGCUCUUCCUGAAGGCUCAGGUGCGGAGGAUUGAAAUGGAGGACCCCUGCCUCAUGUUAGCCAGCAGGUUCAAGCAGGUGCAAACGCUGGCUGUCACUGCUGAUGCCUUCUUCUGUCUCUACUCCUACGUGUCUAAGACACCUGUCCAAAAAUUCAUACCAUCCCAUAUGUUCUGGAAUUGCAACCCAACGGAUGUGCCAUCCAUCAGGAUUCUGGCCCCAGAGUCUGAGCCCCACUCACCCAGAGAACGCCUCCGGAAAGCUAUCUCCAAAAUGUGCCUGUACACAGGUUCCCGGGAUCGGUUGUCUCCACCCCGCAACACCCCCAAAAGAAACAGUUUGGACCAAGUGGUGUGGGAAGUAAUGGACAGAGUGAGAGAAGAGAAGCUGGUUCUCCAGAAAGGCCCUGGGUUUGAGGAAGGUCCACAGGAAGAGACUGCCGGCCCUAUAAGGGAUUCACAACUUCCUGCUUCCUCUCCAUGUGUCUUCUACCCUAAUGAGGAAACACAGCAACGGAUGUCCACAGUUCUGGCAUCAUCACAAGAUCUGGAUUCUAACCCCGAGACAUCCUGUUGCAAUCAUUAUCUAACCAGAGGGAAUCCACAAUGGAGCACAAACUCUGCACAGGUAAGGAGAGAGCUGUGGGGUCUACAGGCUACCAAUCAGGAAGCUCCUUCAGCCACGAAUGAGAUAUUCUGGAAAAGAAAGAGCAAAGCAAGAAAGAGCCUAUUUCAAAAGAGUUCCUUGGACAAGAAGGUUAAGUCAUUGGACUUGUCAAUCAUCCAGCAAAAAUGGAGGCAGAACCAAAACAGACCAGAACUGCACCGAUCUCUAACCCAGCAGCCUCAACACACUUUGGACUCAGAGAAGGUUCAAAGCAACAGUGAGGAAGAGGAGGAGGAGAGCCACUGGCCCAGCAGACCCAGACACUCUGACCUCUACCAGACUUUCCCUGGCAAAAACUCAAGAAGCUUUCUCCACCACCACAGCAGCACAUGCUCCGACAACAGUGGCUUCUCAGAAGAGCCUAACUCCCACCUCUUCUUGCCCUCUACAUCCAUGCCCUCAACAUCCAGCUGCUGCUCCCUGGCACUCCAAACCCCUGAAUUCAGCAGGGGAAAGACAAGUUGGAGCACCAGAAAGGAGACCACACUGAGAGAUCGGGACUCUGCAUCCUGAUGCUGUGGCAGACUUCAUGCUCAGAGAAGAACCCCAGGCACAUAACUUCAUUGCUCUGCACGUUGGUUUUUCUACUUGAUAGGUUUUAGCUACAUGACAUGGACAGUGAUAAACUGAACAAAGACAUAAUUUUCUCCCAAACUCUGACAUUGCUGAAGGCAGAAGAUUUAAGGAUGACUAAGUUCGGGGCAUAAGGUUUGCUAGUGGAAUGUUCUCAAAGGGUUCAAGCUAAGAGAAGAAGAAGAAAUCCCACCUUCUGGUUUUAAAACCUUGGUACAAAGCACAGUGGAAUUCCCUGUGGACUUCACUUAUCCCUAUGUCCUAAUUAACUUCCAUAAAAUUUUCCACAACUCCAGAGUCCUGUUUUUCUUCAUGAGGACUUAUCAGAUGAGAUCUAUUUGGCGCCUCCCCCUUGAAUCCAGCUCCUCCCUCUAUAUAAAAUUUUGUAUCUUCCUAGGAAAAAAGAGGAGUUGGAUUCUGGGUUCUUACUCUUGGCCAUUGCAAAAAAAAAAAA